AGAACCCUGCAACCUAAGCCCCGCCCAUCUCACGCACGCGCAAAUUCUGCCUAUGGGAGCGGAUUCGAGUCGUUCGCUGAUAGAACUCUCGCGAGCUGUAGCGCAUGGCGUGUCCUAGUGACCGGGCCCGAUUUAGGUGAAAUCGAGAUGUCCUGUCCCCAAAUCUGAGUUGAAAGAAAAAUUGGCCAUGGGUCUGUCUGCAUCUUCUCCUUCCGUAGCGCUCCAAGCAGAUGUAUCUGAACAGCCUCAGACUGCUCCUUCCCAGUGCCCCAUGCACCAGAAGAAAAUGGAAGGUUGCCCAAUGCACAUGAAAUCGUCUGGCAGUCUAGAUGAGAACCAGAAUGCUUCUGUUCCUGUGCAUCAAGAAAGAGCAUAUGAAUAUGUUGAAUGUCCUGUGAAGUCUCAGAUACAUGAGAAGAUUGAUCCCAGAAACAUGAUGCCACCCCCUAAUCAACUGCCAUCCCCUGGUCAGCCAUUUCCACUCUCUACCACAAGAGAAGAAUCUACUAUUCCUAGAGCUUUUUCUCAACAAAACUGGGUUUAUCCUUCAGAACAAAUGUUUUGGAAUGCAAUGCUUAGGAAAGGAUGGAAAUGGAAAAAUGAUGACAUAAAAGCUGAAGAUAUGAGCAAUAUCAUUAAAAUUCAUAAUCAGAAUAAUGAGCAGGCUUGGAAGGAGAUUUUAAAAUGGGAAGCACUUCAUGCUAGGGAGUGCCCAUGUGGACCAACGCUUGUUCGGUUUGGAGGUAAAGCUAAGGAAUAUUCACCAAGAGCCAGAAUACGAUCCUGGAUGGGGUAUGAAUUGCCUUUUGAUAGGCAUGAUUGGAUUAUUGAACGCUGUGGAAAAGAAGUCCGAUAUGUUAUUGAUUAUUAUGAUGGAGGCGAAGUAGAUAAGAACUAUCAGUUUACCAUUUUGGAUGUUCGUCCUGCUUUUGAUUCCCUGACUGCUGUGUGGGACAGGAUGAAGGUGGCUUGGUGGCGCUGGACUUCAUAACUAAGCUUUCACAGUAUGGAAAACAAUAUUAGAACUGUGUUAUUUGAAGUGAUAUUGAGGCUUGGACUUGAAUAAAAAUUCAUGGUGACUGCAGUUCUAUAUAAUGGCAUUGUACCAGCCAUUGUUGGACAAACUACAUUGUUUUAAUCAAGGCUUUAUUUAAGUCACAUGGUGUGUAUGUGGGUGUUUUUUGCCUCCUGCAUUGACAUUUCCAUCACAUUUGAUCUCAACUGGAAGACUUUAUGGAACUGUUAUGCAUCAAAGAGUAGAGACAGCACUGAAACUGCUGUGUAAUGGGAAUAGCUGUGUUCAGACAGUAGAGCAGUUAUGCCUUUCAGUGUGACGUUUCUGGUUGGAAAAAACAUAUUUGAAAGAUAUGAGCAUGGAACUACGUAUUUUUUACGUUUUAUUUUGUCAAAAAUGGGAAAUAUUUUCUUUGUCAUUCAAAAUAUACAUUAUUAAAUACUUUAUCAGUGGCAUAUAAAGUCCUGAUAGAUUGUCACGUGCUGGACGUACACAUCCCUAAAGUAACCAAGGUUUACAUACAAAUGUAUUAUUUUAAAAAUAAUCAGAAAUCAACUACUUGAUAGUUUUCACACUCUGCCUUUCUGGAAGCUGAGGUGGAGUCAGAGGGAAAAACCUUACUUUGUGCUAACAUCUGUUUUGAAAUACGUUGUUCAAGUUCAAAUAUACAGUACUACAAAGAAUAUUAAGUGUGAUAAAUGAAUCAGAAUAUCA